AUCGGCUGGUAACUUGUCCUUGCAUUGGGCUUUUUCCUUGCGGUUGUUCCCUCCAGCGCCCCUCUCAGCAUGGCUGCUUGGGAGUCAGUCCUCCUCAGCCCAGGUGUAGCUGCCUUGCUCUUGGUGCUGUUUUUACUAGCUACCUUCUGGAUUUUGAGCAGCCCCGGCAAGUCCUCUCCGUGUCUGCCUCCCGGUCCGGUCCCGCUCCCAUUUAUUGGCAAUUUGCAUUUGAUUGAUCUUAAAAGACAAGACAGCUCAUUCAUGAAGCUUUCUGAAAAAUAUGGCCCCGUCUUCACGGUCCAUUUCGGCCUGCAGAAGGCUGUGGUGCUCACUGGCUACGAGGCCGUGAAGGAGUCACUUCUGAGCAAAGGGGAUGAAUUCAUCGACCGACCUGACAUCCCAAUAUUCGUUGAGAUCCAGCACGGGAACGGCAUCUUCUUCUCUGAGAGGGAGCUGUGGAGAUCCACCCGCAGAUUCACGUUGUCGAACAUGCGGGAUCUUGGCAUGGGCACGAAGCAGAUGGAGGAGAAGAUUCUUGAAGAGCUGCAUUUCCUCAUUGAGGAGAUCAAGUCCUUCCAAGGCAAACCUUUCCCGCUGCAGCUACUUUCCACUGCUCCAACAAACAUCACCUUUUCCUUAUUGUUUGGAAGCAGGUUUGACUAUGCCGACCCAACUUUUCAGACAUUACUGAAAGCCAUCGAAGAGGUGAUGUCCCUUCUGGGAUCCUUCUUCUUACACGUAUUUAAUGUCUACCCAUUCCUGGGAUUUCUUUUCAAACCCCACAAGAUGAUCUUGAGAAAAAUUGAUGAAACCUGCAUUGUUCUGAAGAAUUGUAUCCAGAGCAAGAGGCCAAAUAUCAACGAGAACAACUUAAACAGCUACAUCGAUGCACUGCUGUUCAAGCAACAAGAAGAAAAAAGAAGCAGCACCCAGAACAUCUUUCAUGACGACAACAUCCUGGCAUCCGUGCUUGACCUUGUCAUGGCCGGGACGGAGACGACGGCCACCACACUUCAGUGGGCCAUUCUCCUGAUGAUGAAGUACCCCGACAUUCAACGCAAAGUGCAGGAGGAAAUCCAGGGAGUCCUUGGCUCGGAGCGCCUCCCCACCGCGGAGGACAGGAGGCGCAUGCCCUUCGCCAAUGCGGUCGCCCACGAGGUGCAGCGGUUCGCCUCCAUCGUCCUCCAGUUCCCGCGCCGCACCGCUGUGGAUACGCACUUCCGUGGCUACUUCAUUCCCAAGGGGACCACGGUGAUCCCUUCCCUCACCUCCGUGAUGUUCGACAAGACGCAGUGGGAGACCCCCCACCAGUUCAACCCUGGCCACUUUCUGGACUCCGCAGGAAACUUUGUGAAGAGAGACGCGUUCCUGCCUUUUUCAACAGGUCCUCUGAAAACAUCUGGGGACCUACCACAUCUGGGUACUUCCCUCUUACUCAGGGAACGAUCUUUGCUCAUGUUUCUCUGCAAAGGGCUGCGUAGAGUCACCGAGGCUCCGAACCGAGGGUCGCACCCCGCUUUUCCGGUGCGUGUUCGGCACACGGGGGGCUGCCGUUCCCUUAGCUCAGGCUCAUGGCUCACUUGUGUGUGCUUGGCUGCCAGGAGGCCGGCCCGGGGGGAGCCUGGCAGAGAGAGCUCGCUCCCCAUCCCCUGCCCCCUGAUACUCGCAAGCGGAGAUGCUGUGGGGUGGACUCUCUGGACUGCAGGAGGAGAGGACGCUCCCAGCUGGGCCCUGUGAUCUGGCCUGGCAAAGCUGCAUUCACUGCUUGAAUCUUGCACUGGGGUUGCACUGAACAAAGAUGAUUAUGGAACGGAUUAUUUUGCUUUCUUAAAAGAGGCGCAUGCUUUUAUCUGUG